UUGCAGGUUGAUUUCAAGCAGGAGUGUAUCGAUGAAGAAGGGAGCCAUGUUGUAAAAAAGACAUGGGAAGCGAAGUGGACAGUUCAAAAGUUUGAGUAUCUGCCAGAGUGGUUGCAAGAUAAUGAGUUUUUACGUCACGGGCACCGUCCUCCGCUGCCGAGUUUUGCUGAAUGUUUUCGUAGCAUUCUUGCGUUACAUACUGAAACGGGGAAUAUUUGGACGCAUCUAAUUGGAUGCGUUGCUUUUGCUUUGCUUGCAACUUGGUUUCUCACAAGACCUGAUACCCACAUCAAGUUUCAAGAAAAAUUGGUUUUCUCAUUCUUUUUCGCUGGAGCCAUUUUAUGUCUUGGAAUGUCAUUCACUUUUCAUACUGUCAGCUGCCAUUCCAUUGGUGUAGUUCGUCUGUUUUGCAAACUUGAUUAUAUGGGUAUUUCUCUACUUAUUAUUGGUUCGUUCAUCCCUUGGAUAUAUUACGGGUUUUAUUGCCGCCGGGAACCUAAAAUAACGUACAUUGCUAUGGUUUGCGUGCUAGGAAUUGGUGCAAUUACAGUGUCUUUAUGGGAUAGAUUUAGUGAGCCAAGAUAUCGGCCAUAUAGAGCUAUUGUCUUUUGUUCGAUCGGUUUAAGCGGUGUUGUACCGACUGUGCAUUACGUGAUUACUGACGGCGUUGUUUCGCUGUUUGAAGAAGGUUCUUUCCACUGGUUAUUGCUGAUGGCAACUUUAUAUCUUGUAGGGGCCCUAUUAUAUGCCACGCGGACGCCUGAGCGUUUCUUUCCUGGAAAAUGCGAUAUUUGGUUUCAAUCGCAUCAAAUAUUCCAUGUGUGCGUGGUCAUGGCGGCUUUCGUGCAUUACUAUGGCGUAUCUGAAAUGGCACUGAAUAGAUUAACUGCAUCGUGUCCGAUGGACAACGACGCCGUUAGAGCCUUUCAUAAAAUGGUUGAUUCUGUUAAGAAGGUUGUGCAUGAUGCUUUAUAG